UAGAUACUAAAGGUUGGUAGAAAUUCAAAUGAUCAAUAUUGAUCAUAUUCACAAUUAAUUCUGAAGAAACGGAAACUUCCAUUAGUAAGAAUUAGGAGAAUUCAAUUCAUCUGAUUUACUUGUUCUCAUGAAAGUUUUUUUUUACUUCGACCCGAUGAAAAUUGUUCUUAAAUUAAUCAAAUGUGACGUUCUUUUUGUUUGAUUAAUUUGAAUCAACGAUCAAUUGAUUUUCUUAUAUUAUUCUUGGAUAUUAAUUAACCAUGGGUCGUGUUUCAAUCGUUGAUUUUAUCAAAUUGAUGAAAAUUGAUUUGAUUAUCAUGUUAUUUACCUUUGGUUAUGUGAUCCAAGGAGUAACAGUGACCCAACUAAUGGAGGAUAAAAUGUGUCUUAAUCAACUUAAUCGUGAUCAUGAUUAUUGUUCAGCUUUAACCAAAUCUCAUUACAAUGAAAGUUCAACUAAAUUAAUUUUAAGAACUGCAAAUCUAUUCAAAAAUUAUCAAUUCGUUAUUCUUAAUGGACCAGCGUUGAUUUUAUCAGUUUUUCUUGGUUAUUGGUUGGGUAAUUAUCCAAAUUAUAUUAGACUGAUGAUCACCUUGCCCUUAGGGUCUGCUUGUUGUACGAUGAUUAUCUUGUUGAUUAAUUCAUAUUUUUACACAAUUCAUUAUUGGUACAUUUUAUUGUCUUAUGUACCGUUAGCUUUGACCGGAGGAGUGGGAAUGGUUUACAGCGCUGCUUAUACUUACGUUUCCUGGUCAACUCCAAGCAAUUUAGUAAUCAUUAGAUUUGCAAUUAUUGAGUUUCUUGUUCAAAUUUCUCUUUCAAGUGGCACUUAUGCAGGAGGCUUUAUCCUUGACAGUAAUCCUUGGAUCAAGGGUCAGCCCAAAAACUACAUUGGUGUUUUCAUCUUAGGAUUAAUUAGUCAGAUUAUCGGUUUGAUCUAUGCAUCUACGGUGAAACUUGAUCAUAUUCCGGAAACUGAGGAUGAGAAAAAAUCUACAAAUUUCAUUGAUGUGAUUAAAGACGUUUUCUUAUUAUCAAGAUUGAAGCAAUUUGUGAAUAUUUUCAUGAAAAAACGACCCAAUCAUGGGAGAUUAUGGUUAAUCCUGUUACUCACUUCAGGAGCGAUUAGUGUCUCAUCAAUUUUGGGUGAAGACGGAAUCGCCUACCAAUUUGCUCAGCGUGUCUAUGGACUAACGGAAGAUCAAUACACUUCAAUAUUUUCCCUGGUCACUUUAGUACCUUCAUUUAUGACCUCAUUAGCACCUUCGUUUUUCAGAUCAUUAUUAGGUCUCUCUGAUUCGAUCAUUGGUAUUAUUGGAUCGCUUUCGAUGUUAUCAUUUUUCCUUAUUCGUGGCAUCAUCUUGAUUGUUCCCGGUUACAUUAUUGGCUUUUUAACCGGUUCCUUCAAUCGUCUACCAGCCUCAGCCGUUAGGUCACUUGUGACCACGAUUGUUGAUCCAACUGAAACGGCUCAAGUAUUCACGUUGUCCAUUGCCCUCGAAAGCUAUGGUACCCUUGGGUUUACCCUUUUAUACACUUCGGUGUUUAGUCUGACCAUUGACUCUGCCCCUGGAACCAUCAUGAUCUUAAUUGCUUGCAUCCAAUUAUAUCCAAUUAGUGUUUUCUUUGCAUCAUUAUUCAAACGAUCUCAAUGGAAAAUCAAACCAAAUGAUGAUCAAGGUAAAUGUAUUCUUCUUGAUGAAGAUGAUUUUAAUAACAACAAUUAAAUUAUCACAAUCAACAGAAAACAAUAAACUAGAUUAGUUUACCACAA